UAGACUAUUUCCGUUCUAGGUACGUUUGACCGCAUAUCCCAUGUACCGCCCCCAUUUUGGGGACAUGCGGAAUCCCUGCACUAUUCCGUGCAUGCUAGAUCAGAUGAUUCAGAUCAUUCAGCUGUACUUAUUACAUGUAUUAUGUCUGUGCGAUCUCUUUCAAGAGAAGCAGAAGGAGUACUUUUACAUGUAGCAGUCUGAGUUCUUUGAAUGAGGCAGUUUGUGAUGAGCAAAAUACCAGUGUUUUACUCAGUCGAUAAAUGAAAAUGAUGUCUUAAAUUUGACCACGGACUGCGGAGUCAGAGAGUUCUUGCACGUCUUGCUCCAUUAUCAGAUUUUCACCUGCAGAUGUAAUACCGUUGAGAGAGUAGACAUCAGACGCGACAUUCUACCAUGGCAGUGUUGUCUGCCGUAACUCUCUUAGAAUGGGACGUUGUGGUUUUCUGGUGUAUGGUUACAGCUUCCCUCAUUUUCCUGCUAGUAUUACUUGCCACUGUCUUCUUCCAGGAGGACCAAAUGUCCAGCAAAUAUCACCGACAACAAACAGCACUACAGCUUCUCCUUGGACAGAAGGUACCGUUAUUACCAAUUGAGUCCAGUCUGGGAUGGCAGCUGGCUGGGGUCUUCAACAAUCUGAGGGCGUGGACCAGGUGUGUAGCCAUGCCCAAUCAGUCCAGCCAGACCCUCCAUGGAUGCUGGGCAACAGUGGAUGCCGAAGCUGAGGACAUCCUAGCCGCGGUGCAGAACAUCACCAAGCAGCGAGAGUGGGACCCCUCCAUCGCCACCAUCAGCCAGUCCUCCCCUCCUCGGGUCCUGGACGACUUGGACGCAGAGAAUCCUGUCAUGAUGGACGUGGUUUGCGUCACGUUGACCUCCCAGCUCCAAUCGGAGCCUGUUCACCCGGGCAUUCUAAGGUCAAGCCUACAUCAUCUCUUGAGGUUACUACCCAUGAGUAUGACAUCUUGGGUGAUGAAGACUACAAAUGAGGUGCAAGAACAAAAGGAAAUUGUCAUGAACAGAAUCUGGAAGGUUGAACGGGAUGGCUCGUGCUGGAUGUUCAGCAAGAAUGAGGACAGUGUACAGGCUACCCACACCCCAUGGUGCUAUUUCUUAAUUCAACCGAUACUCGAAACGUCGGGUAGGAGCGUGUUUCACAUAAUUUGGAACCCCUCAACGGACCAAGUGACAAAAGAUGUUAGCAAAUGCCUUGCCACGCGCCUGGCAGCGCUCUGUCAGUACAUCAAACUCACACAGUUGAAGCUUCCGCCCCUCACGUCCUCGACCCUUCAGCACGUCGGCGACUUGCUGCCCCUCUUCACAGAAGAGGAUGAGGACGAACCGAUCGGGACACAGGACGCUGUCGCGGAGGAACCGCGGCAAAGCAGAAGCUCCAAGGCGAGGAAGCAGGGUUGGGACAGGGGAACAGGCGAGCCACCAGAAGGAACAGCGAGAACAAACAGCAGGUCCAAAGCGAAGCCUGGCAGGAAGAGCCUCUCGCCCUCCGGUAAAGUGAAGAGAACAGUGCCCUCCCGGGGCAGGCGACAGAGGGGGAGGGUCCCGGGGGUUGGUGGUGGUGGUCUUGCCGCUGGUGGUGGGAGCUUUGCUGGUGCUGGUGACGGGGUCGGAAACACGGCUUCAUCCUCGAGCGAAGACACGGGCUACUCUGAUUGGAUGAGCAACAAGGGCAGCCUGGAGAGGGACGGCAAGGCCCCCGGGGUCGUGACCUCUGAACCAGGGGUCGUGACAGGGUUGAUGGAUUACAUGCUUUGUGAUGAGGAGCCAACAUCUCUGAAAGAUGGAUCAGACGAGCUGUACACAUUAGCCAAUCAGUGCACAGCCGAGCUCCUGAAACAGUCCAAUCAGGUAGCAGCGAUCAACGUGAACACCAGCGUGGUUGAGCAGAAGACCCAGACCGGAGGCUGGUUCUUUCACUCAGUAUGCAAAGAAGUUGUGAUUAUGCAGAAGAAUCCAGUGCAGGGGAAGUACCAUUGUUUCCUAGGGAAGGGUGUCAUCAGAGCACCCCCGGAAGAAGUCUUCAAAGCUGUGAAGAAUCCCAGAACUCGGUUCAUCUACGACAACAUGCUCAAGAAAAUGGACAUCAUCAAGGAACUUAACGACAAAGUUCAAAUUGUUUAUGCAGUACAUGAAGUCCCACAGCUUCUGAGAAAAGAAUCCAGAGAUUUCUGCCUUCUGCAAACCAGCAAAACUGAGGGUUCGUCACACAUCGUAGCCUUCACGUCGGCUAACGUAGCCGAGUGUCCCCCAUCAGACACCAUCCCCCGGUCUCACGUUCUGCCCAGCGGAUGGAUUAUUGAGCCUAGGCUUGACGACAGGGGGUCACGCUUAUCCAUGGUCACGUACAUAGUGCAGGUGAGCAUAGGUGGCAAGAGCGUGCCGGCUAGCUUCGUAAAUUUCCUGUCCAAGCGUGUGCCUCUCAGCGUCGCGUAUCUUCGCCUCUUCAUCGAGUCAGAGAACAUGUAAUUGGAUUCUAAACUACAGCCCAUCUGCAAGAAGUUUGGUAUCAAUAUUUACACAGUUAGAGUCCAUAUCAUUUGCUGAUGACCACAAUCUGCGUAAUUUGCGGCCUUUUGGGGCCUUUUAAUGUUCAUUUUCUUAAGGUCCAUUAAGGACAGUUAAGUCUUUGAAUGGCUAUUUAUCCCAAAGUUGAGACCUAUGUCAGAUUACUGAGAAUUUGUAGUAUUGAUCAGUAAACCUGAAUAUUUUAACCGUUCUAAAGUGGAUUAUAAAAAUAAUAGGUUGAAUAAAAAGUUGACUUGAGACAGAUUGGAACCUGUACCAACACGGUACCAACUAAGCUAUCCAAUGUCCUUGUUCCUGGGACAAGUAUCACUUCAUGAACAAAGACACCAAAACAGUUGGGACGCCACCAACAUACUUCUGGAUAUCUCAGACGAUUGAGUACCUGUAUGUUGUUCUGGCAGGUCACAGGCCCAAAUCUUGCUCCCGUCAAUUUCUUUGUUCCAACGAAUAUUGUUUAAAAGUGAACCUAGUGAGUAUAGUGGUUUAUUUGAUGCCUCGAAGAACUGAAAAUAUGUGUUUCCUUCUUGACUUCUCUGGUACAAACAAACUGUGCCAGAGAGUUACUGGGUGUUUCUAUUGAAAUUUGAUCACUGAAACUUAGUUUUAUAUGAUGCCAGGUUGCAAAUGUUUUGCGAUGACAGGUCGCAAAUGUGCAAAUGCGAAAUAUGCUCAGAACAUUGAAGCCUCAGAACAUUUGCAAAA